GAGUAGAGGACGCCGUGAUCACCAUUAGCUGAUAUCUCUCUCCCUCUCCAGUGAUAAAGCCACAAAGGCUGGUGUGACCGACUCCCGGGCUUCGAAUCAAUCUGCUGAACGAUGUAAUGUCUCAAACUUGAUCGAUCUCUAGCAGCCUUGCAGUUAAAAGGUCUUUUCUACAGGACAAAACAAUCGAGAGAUGCAGAGACUGGGUGACUUUAAGUUACCCCAUUUCUUCAAUUACCCACCUUACUUCACUUUGCAGCCAAUAAGGGAAACUCGGGAAAAGCAGGUUCAACUUUGGAAGGAACUGAUACUUGAUUACUGCAGAACUCAGAAGAUCUUUGUGAUUGGACUAGAGGAAGAAUUUCCCCUCUUCUCCAAUCCUGUUAUUGAAAGAUCUCUCAGUCAUGAAGCUAAAGAGGCAUUUCUAUCAGCCCUAGUCUCUGAAGGGCGUGCAGAAUGGAUGGAUAGGGGACACAAAAGAUGCCUUAUUCUCUGGCUUCGGAUUCAAGAUUGGGCUGAUUGUAUCUUACGCUUUGCUAAGGACAAUGGGCUUGAAGACACCGUGAUGACAGUUGAGGAAAUUCGUUCAGGAAUUGAAUCUCGAGGAACAGAGCUUCAUGGGAUGGACCGAACGGUGCUGAUGCGGGCUCUGAAAUUACUAGAACAGAAGGGGAAGGUUGCAAUCUUCAAGGGUGCAUCUACUGAUGAUGAAGGUGUUAAAUUCUCUUUGUAGUCCACGGUUGUGCCAUAUCUUUUCCAUAAUGGUUCAUUGUGCUCCAUAUCUGUUCUUAACAACAAAUUUUGAAUACUCGGACAUCAUUCUUAGAGGCUAUUGAAUGUAUAAUAGGCUGUUGAAGAAUGAAAGGUGAAUACAUGGAAUGAAGCAGGGUGGUAAUGUUCCCUGGUUCCAUCGUAGGAUUAAUAUCCAAUUCAUGGUUAAUUUUGAU